GAACUGCAAUAUGCAAUACGUAAAAUUUGAUGUUAAAAGGGUUAAUGAGUUACCACCCACCCAGAGUCACUCCCCUUCUUGUACACUUCAAUCAACACAGCACUGCCUUUCUGUGUGUCCAUAUGGUCACAGCUUCACAUGCCCUCUCUGGAAACUCACAGAUUUCUCCAGUAGCAAGAGCAUCGGUGAUCAACAAAAAGCCUUUAGUUUCUCUUUGCCGAAACACCCAAAAUAAUGAGUGAGAAGGAUGGCAAUGCAGACAGCCUCUUUCUGAACGAGGACUCGGCCAAGGAAUUAAGCCAAGAAGAUUGUGUGAACAACUGGCAACAUGCUAUGAGGAAAAGAGCAUCGCGUACAGGCAAGCACAUUCAGGAAAUGACCUGGAAAAAAUUCUGGAGAUUCCUCCGACGCAAUGCCUUUGUGAUCCUCACCAUUGCUGCAGUGAUUCUGGGUAUUGGGUUGGCCUUUGCAUUGCGACCUUACAAAAUGUCCUAUCGUCAGAUAAAAUACUUUUCCUUCCCUGGUGAGCUGCUGAUGCGGAUGCUGCAGAUGCUGGUCCUGCCCCUGAUUGUGUCCAGCCUGGUGACAGGAAUGGCAUCUCUGGACAGCAAGGCAUCAGGCAAGAUGGGCAUGCGAGCAGUGGUAUAUUAUACUGUAACCACAUUCAUCGCUGUCUUUAUUGGCAUAGUCAUGGUGAUCAUUAUCCAUCCGGGCAAAGGCACCAAAGAGAAUCUAAAAUCUGAGGGAAAAAUUGAGAGAGUUCAGGCAACAGAUGCUAUUCUAGACCUAAUCAGGAAUAUGUUCCCUCCCAAUUUAGUGGAAGCUUGUUUUAAACAGUACAAAACCCAGUACAGUACAAGAGUGUCCAAGGUACCAGUGUCCAUAGAUCAGAAUUAUACCGUGGCUGCAGAACAGCUGAAUAUCAGCAGUAUUUUGGAAAAUGUGACUCAAGCAAUGGGAACAUUAUACAAGAUGGUGGAAUUGGAGGAAGUGGUGCCAGUUGCUGGAUACGCAGGAGGUGUGAAUGCACUGGGUCUUGUGGUCUUCUCCAUGUGCUUUGGGCUGGUGAUUGGGAACAUGAAGGAGCAAGGAAGAGCUCUCAAAGAAUUUUUUGACUGUCUCAAUGAGGCCAUAAUGAGGCUUGUAGCAAUUAUAAUAUGGUAUGCACCGGUUGGUAUUAUGUUCCUGAUUUCUGGGAAGAUUUUGGAGAUGGAUGAUCUGUUGGUAAUGGGAGGCCAGCUAGGCAUGUAUACAAUUACUGUCAUUAUAGGACUUCUUAUACAUGCAUUAGUGGUGCUCCCUCUGCUGUUUUUCAUUGUCACCCGAAGAAACCCAUGGCCAUUUAUUGGUGGACUACUCCAGGCUCUUAUAACUGCACUAGGGACAUCUUCAAGCUCUGCAACACUUCCCAUCACAUUUAAAUGUCUGGAGGAGAACAAUGGUGUGGACAAACGAGUUACCAGGUUUGUGCUGCCCGUGGGUGCCACAAUUAACAUGGAUGGAACGGCACUAUAUGAGGCAUUGGCUGCCAUUUUCAUUGCACAAGUCAACAACUAUGAGCUAAAUUUUGGACAGAUCCUCACUAUCAGUAUUACAGCUACUGCAGCCAGUAUUGGAGCCGCCGGCAUCCCUCAGGCUGGACUGGUUACCAUGGUGAUUGUCCUGACAUCAGUGGGACUCCCCACAGAGGAUAUCACUCUUAUUAUUGCAGUGGAUUGGUUUCUAGACCGUCUCAGGACAACAACCAAUGUGCUUGGAGACUCUCUAGGGGCCGGUAUUAUUGAGCAUCUCUCCAGACAUGAACUGAAGCAGCAUGAUGCUGAGAUUGGCAACUCUGUUCUAGAGGAGUGUGAGAAACCAUACCAGCUCAUCUGUGCUGAAAAUGACAUCCAGAACCAGAAGCACCCCAACUGUGAGACAUCCAUGUGAAGACAUGUCCUAUUAUUGGUCUCUGCUAUACACUGACAGUGCAUUCUUACCUUUUGUACAUGACAUCUGAAUCAGUCUAUCCAUGCACUAUUUGACUUUUUUUGGAGGAAUCUCUUUAUAAAAAGAGGAUUAAAAUUUGACAGUGGGGGAGUUUGGAUAUUUAACAAAUAUCUACAUGGGCAAUAGUAAAAAAAGGACAAGGGUGAUACAAUUGUUUAAUUCAUUGCAAUUAGUAGUCACCAAGGUAUGAAAUUACUCUCCCUAUUAGAAAAUGUGCACAACAUGCCCAUUUGUAUAACUAGAGAUACAGCAAAUAAGUACCAAAAGAGGUUUCAUCAUAAUAUAGUACAUAAAGUAUAAUUUGCAAUCAUACAUUGAAAAUCUUCACCGAGGUGUUAAGCUCUCUCUACUGUGUGUUGAUUUUUUAUAAUUGAAUAUCCCAAGCAUUGAAUAUUUUCUGUGUAUGGAGAAAUGGUUUUUGGCAGAUCCAUCUGUGUUGACCAAUCAUGUAAAUUACUUUUCAACCAAUCUCUGACCCAUAAAAAAAAAUUUCUGACAGGAAAUUGUUGCGCGAUCAUGGAAGAGUCAAUAAUAGUAAAUAAUGUAUUUAUUACAUAUGGGGCCUUUCACUAAAAUAGAGAUGUAAUACAAAUGCCUAUUUUAGUUCCUGUCGUCUGAGAUCACAGUACAUUACCACACGUAGUGGCAAAAA